UUUAAAAUCUGUUGUUGAUUUUGGAUUUUUCGGUUAACUAGCUAAAUUCUAGUUUGAAAAAACAUGGAGAAGAUAUGCCAAUUCUUUCGCAACAACUACGUGCUGGCCAAUUGUGAGGACGCCAUCUACAAGAAGGCCUUCUCCUUGAACUUGUCCCACUACCAGAUGUCCCAGGUGCCGGACAUCAUAGAGCAGUGUGAGACGCUGCUAAAGCUAUUUCUCAACCAAAACAAGCUGACCAAGAUCCCCUCUAGCAUUGGCAAUCUAGUUCGCCUUCAAGUGCUUACCCUCGACUACAAUAAGCUGGAUGAGUUUCCCAUCUGCAUUUGCCGGCUGGUCAGUUUGAAGUUCCUCAAUGUUAGCUGCAACAACAUCGUUCGUUUGCCCCCGGAACUGGGUUACCUGACGCUUCUAGAGACCUUUUGGUGCAAUAAUACCGGACUCCUGGAACUGCCCGUAGAAAUACGAAACUGUGAACGCCUCGAAACGCUGGGAGUGCGCGGAAAUCCCCUGAAGAAACUGCCCGAGUCUAUUGGUGCCCUCUCCUCGCUCCGCUGGUUCACUGCCGAGAACUGUGAGCUAGAGGAAUUGCCUCUGACAGUCGCCUUGCUGGGCAGCCUGGUGCAUCUGAAUCUGAAAGGAAAUCGGCUGAGGCGGCUGCCCAGGAUGCUGAUGGCCAUGCAAAAGCUUCGAUUUGUUUUUCUCAAUGGGAAUUGCAUCGAUGAACUGCCUACGAGAGCCCAGCUGGAGGAGUUGCGAACGCUGAACAUGCUGAAUCUUUCCCAGAACCCAAUUGGCCACCAUUCCGACCUGCAGCUGAUGGCGCUGCGGCAGACCAACCUGUAUGUGGACCCACCACCUAAUCAGGAAGAUAUCGCCUGCGAUUGCACUUCCAGCCGCACGAGCCUCAAUAGCCGGGAGCACCAGGAGGAACAGGCACGAGGCGACGACUCCUCCGACUGGGAGAAUAGCGUGCGAACCAGCGAGCUGGACACUACGGACGACAGCGGUCUGGAGGCUAACAUCGAGGACCUGAGCGUCAUGCUGCCGGAGAUGUCGCGAUUUGUCACCACCUUCUGAGGGAAAUUGUAUUAUGAUGUGGCUGCUCUCAUAAAUCUGCGGUUUAUUCUCUUUAAA